AUGGCUUUCGCUAAAUCACUCAAGUUAGACCCUCUGGGCAUCGUGGAUACUCGACUGACGAUGACGGACUCACCUACGGAUCGCUUCUUUUCACCUCUCUUUGCGCCAUCAACCGGGUUUGAUAGAACUGAUGAAAGACAGCCAGUCAACCAGACAGAGGCAGAAGCAAGCCCAAGACAAGCUCAUCGAAUUCUCGAAAUUCGCGAGUCCUUCCGCCCUCGACUUGAGCUGGAUGUCGCUGUGGACAAGUACCACACCCUUGAUGGCCUCGCUGAGCCAUUGAAUCCCCAAAACACACCUGCAUCAAAUAGCGAACGAGAGAGCGCAGAGGAAUCCACUGAGUCCCUUCGUUGCCAUAAAAUGGAGAACGUACGGACGAGUCCUCCACCUCAGACGGAGAAAUUCAAUUUCGAUUGCUUCCAAGAUUCGCCAGAGGCAAGCUUUGUUCGCGAAGACGAUGGAAGCGAAUCCCCCAAACCCUCAAAAUUGCGACGUCUUUCCGUUGGCCGCCGACAGUGGACCAAACCUCCUGUUGCGGUCCUGUCGAGUCAUCAGCCAGGCGUAAAUGCCGGUACCUUCAACAAACCUGGCGAUCCAGAUUCACCGCUGCGAUGCGUUCGAUUUUCUCCUCCGGCCUCGUUGUCUCCGCCUUCUCGUGUGAUACGCCGUCCCCAACCUUCGAUUGAAAGAAGGCAGGACCAUGUUGUUUUGCAUCGACAGAAGAAACAAUAUCAGAAAUGGAAGGUCACUGGUCAUGCGAAUUCUCGAAAAAGCUCACCAAACAGAAUUCCUACAAACAGAACGCAGUUUUUGGCAACCCGAACCCCAAAGAACCAUGAUUUGCGCGGCUCAUCCCUUUCCAGCUUGCCAUAUCGUGAAACACGCCGCACAUCGUUCCUCGCUCGUAUUGGCUUGGGUAGUGAUGCUGGAGAAGUGAGAGCCGGCAAUGCGGGCGGCACUCCUGUUGUAGAUGACUCGAACAUUGUGCGAAACACCGAGCAGAACCUCCCUGCGUUUCUUGCUGUUUCAAUUUCGCUCUACAGAGCACGACCUACGCCUAGUUCAUCCGCCGAGAGAGCACCAAAGUACACUUUCAGAUUUCGAAUGACUCGAACUGACCUCCCUCGACAACCUUCUCCGCAUUUCCCUCUCGAAUUCAAACACAUCAAUUGUCACCCGACCAUUGAUCACUUGGUAUUCCACACCUGCUUCGUCGUUCCCGGGAUAGUUGUACUGCUACCUCUCAGUGUGAUCUUCGCUGCAACACACCCAUUGGUCAACACCCGGGCCGGCGCUGUAAUGCUCUACCUUGCCAGAGCUUUACUGUAUCUACUGAUAAACAUCAUCGUUCUUGUGUUGUCGAAAUGUGGGGUGUCUUGCGGCUACCAGUGGAAUCCGGACACUGUCCAUUCAGAGUAG